CUUUUUGCAAACUUCUACAAUGCGCAUGUGUGAAUUCAGCGCAUGCCUAAAGGGAAGUUAAUGUAGAAUGUGAUAUUCAUUCACAAUGGGUUGAGGCAGUGCAUAAAAAUGAGAGGUGGAAGUUCAGAAAGAUUGGUGGUGCGUGCUUCUCGCAGAAGAGGAGAAACACGCGCAAAACUAACAAAGUACAUAACCGUUGUGUUAGCUACUAUUCUUAGUGGCGGAGGUUCCGCACUCCUGUUCUUAGUGCCAUUGUACGCUGAUCCAGCUUUGAGUGCCCUAGCGGCCGACUUUGACCCAGUGCCCGCGGAAUGCGUGACAGAGAGGCGUGACGACCGACUUGGUCUGGAUAAUUGCACUUGGGCGUCUUGCAGGGAAGGUUGCACGAGCGACGCCUACAAAUGUAUUCAAUUGCACGUGAAAUAUAAAGCAUACAGCGAAGAAUGGCGGCCCGCUGUACUCUACGUCAAUAUAAAGGGAUGCGGGUACCCUCCGGUGGUUGAUUGCGACAAUUUUACUAUUAAUUUUGGGUAUGUCGGAGCUAGAUAUCCUUGUUACUGGUCGCGAGCGGAUAAUACUGUGGUCGUACCACGCUGGUCGAGGGGAGAGCAAGUGGCCACCGUGACGAGGACCUUGGCCUUGCCGUUGUUUCUAUCCGGAUGCGCUGGCAUCGGGCUGUGCGCCCUGCAUUGCGAAUGCAGGCCUCGCCGUCGCCGUCGCCCGCCGCGCCGCCCGCCCCGCCUUCCGACGCUCUCACCAGACGAAACAUCGGUAUAUAGACUAGGUUAGUUUUGCUAUAAAUCUUCCAAUUUUGAGUGUUUACCUACCUUACGGCACAAAGAUAACUACUAGA